AAAAUAAAAAUUUGAAUCGUUUUUUUUUUUUUGUACAUAGAGUAAGGAGAGGAAAUAUUUGUGUGGACUUCUAUAACUAUAAGAAAUUAGAAGAGUCAUAGUUAAAAUGUGUGCCUACAGGGACUUUGGUAAAGAACGACCUCACGUGAUAGCUUCGAAAUACAGACUGAAUCAAACGCAGAGUAAAGCGAAACAUGUUGUUUUAGAAAGGAAGCGAAAAGAGUGUGAAGUACCGGAAAUUCACAUUGAACCUGCUGAAUCUAACUCUAACUUACAUUCAUCUUGGCGAACUCUGAGUGUGUCGUCUGAUGAUGACUUAGAUCCGUAUAAUGAUGACGAGGAGGAGGUUUAUAGUCGUUCUAGUCAAGAUGAAAUGGUGAGUGUUUACGAAACCGCCUGCAAACGACAUAAGUUGUUACCCCUGACUUGUAUCAAGAGAGGAUUACUUAAACAAAUUUUGUCAUGUCGGUAUGUCAAUCUUCAGAAAGAUGACUGCCUGUGUUUAUGUUAUGCUCUCUGUAACAAUCGAUUUGUUGAACAACUUGACUUAAGGCAAAAUGGUAUGGGACCUGAACCUGCACGCUUCUUUGCGGAAGUAAUAGAAAAUAGCUCUUUUCUGACACAUAUUACUAUUUCUGAUAAUGACUUGAAAUCUGCUGGUAUCAGACCCAUAUGUGAGGCAGUAAUGAAAAAUAGAAAUAUUACAUACUUAGAUUUGUCAGGCAAUGGUUUAGUCGAGAGUGAUGGGGAGUGUUUUGAAAAGCUGAUUGAAAAUUCUCGUUCGUUAACAGAGCUGUAUUUGGGGCAUAAUAAAUUGAUGGACCAGGGAGUCGGAAGAAUAUGUGAGGCUUUGAAGAAGAACGAUUCACUUGAGGUUUUGGAUUUAAGUUGGAAUCAUAUAAGACUAAAGGGAGCAGAAGCAAUCGGUGAAGCUAUUGAAAUGAACAAUACUCUUCUUAAGGUAAAUCUUGAGUGGAACGGACUCCAUCAGGACGGAGCUUUCAGUAUUGCAAGGGCAUUAAAGAAGAAUGAAACGUUAAUUGAGCUGAAUUUAGUUUGCAAUAGAUUAUCCGAAUAUUGCAUAGCCGAAAUAUUGAAAGGAUUGCAGGAAAAUUCUUCACUAGAGAUCCUGCGUAUUGGCCAGAACCAGGUGACGACAAGGGGAGCGCUUUUGAUUCUGAAAAAUAUAAAGGAAAAUACAUCAUCUAAAAUAUCCGUGCUUGACUUUGGUAAUCAGGAAGUUCAUGAUAGCUUUGAGCAGCUCUACUUAGAAAUGAAAAAGGAGCGUGAUAUUACAGUUGUUUAUGGCAGCGUGUGGAAGACAGAGAGGGCACCGCUGUCUCAAAGUGCAGCAGACGAUGAUGAGAUCGCCUUAUUAUCAUGCAACCCGCUGACAGUCCUCAUGGAAUGUAUGCGUCUACAGAAUAUGCGUCUCAUAGAUUUCUUCAAGUCACUCGAUAAAAACAAAAGUGAUAUGAUAUGUAUUAAUGAGCUAUGCGAAGGUCUGUUGAGAGUUGGAGUCCAAGUCAAACAGCAUGUUUUACUUCAAUUACUUACCAGGCUUGAUAAAGACAAGAACGGACAAAUUGACUUCGGCGAAAUGAUAAAUGCUCAAAAUAUGCAUAGAAAUAACCUCCGUAAAAUCUUUGCUUCACCUUCGAACGUAGAAUUUGAGAAUACUGAAAUUGGAAAAGUGUCGAUUUUACUUAGAAAAGUCAUGAACAAAAACUUCAUCAUGAAAUCUACCAAAAACGAUGUGAGACAAAAGUCGGCAAAAGGAAACCGCACUGGAAGCAGAUCAAACACGCCGUCACCAUUCCAGAUGGACAAAGUCGACACAAUAAUAGACAAACAGAACGAGCGAAAACCUUCUGAUCGAAAGAGCGCGAAAUCAAGUCGGGAAACUCUACGAGUCUCGAGUGCGUCAUCAGAUAGCUCACGUGACUCAAGUAAGUCAUCAAUUAGCAGAUAAUAUAACUUAUAAAAGUUACAUGCAGAAUUCAAACAAUAUUUGUCAGGAAUUCUCACGAUUAAAUAUAGUUAGAUUUGGGAAUUAGAUUGAAAUCGAUAUAAAAAUGUGCGUCAUGUCAGUGCACCAUGAGAAUAAAUAAACUGUGUGAAAUGAAAAAGUAUGUCAUCAAUUAGCUUUGAGAUUAUUCAAACAUAAAUAACCAAUAAAUUGUGACACAUAUUUAAUCAGUAAGCCGUGAUAUUAUUUCAAUAUAAUAAUCAGCUGUGAUUUUUUUAGAUAUACCUAUUCAGUAAGCUCUGAUAUUUUUUGAAAAUACCGUUAUUUUUAAUGAGUUAGCUUUGAUAUUA